AUGGGAUUUUUCGGAUUCGGAGCAAAGCCUAAAGUUGAAAAUGAAAUGUUGGAAAAUUUAUUUGAUAUUGAAACAUUGAAUAGAACUUCGUGUUGGUUUAUUACUCGUCAUUUGUACAAGACAAAGGAUAGACAAAUGAAGAAUUACUAUUACUCAUGUUUGGAUACCAUGUUUAGGAAAUUGGAUUUAUAUCGAACGGAUAAGCAAAAGAGUUACAAUUGGCAAUGUCAAACUUAUCCCGAUUACUUUAUUGUACAUUCGAAUUUGAUUGGAAAAAAGACAGUAAUUAAUCCAGAAACUGGAAAAGAAAUGAGUUUGGAGGAAAGAUACAUUUCGAUGGCUGAGUGCCAGACUUGUGAAACAUGUCCAAAGAAAAAACUCAGAAAGGAUGUUGUGGACGACAAGCUGAAACCUGCCUUGAGUGGUGCAUUUCUCUCAACCUUCCCACAGGAAUGGAUUAAGGAAAUGAAUGAUAAUUCCAAUACCGAUAAAGCCUAUCUUCCAUUGAAUAAGAAGGAGGAAUUACUGAACUCUUCUUAUUGUAACCAAUAUCGACCAAGUAAUCCAAACUUUGUGCCCUAUGUGCAGAAAAACCCAACAGAUUUUUACAUUCCAACUAAGGAAAAUUUUGAAAUGGAGAAACAAGUUUUGAAAUAUCAAUAUUGCAUCAAUUCAGUUAUGUGUGCCAAGACAAUUCAAAAGUGUUUGAAUAAUUUGAAACAACACUCUGAGAAUGGAAUUAUUGAGAACAAACAUCUUUCUCAAUGUAUGACCUUUGAUCAAGAUACUAUUAAAUGUAUAAAUUCAAUUUGA